AGGUCGCCUGGCGCGCUAGUGCGUCGUGCCACUCGCCCCCACGUCCCACUCAUUUCCGUUGUGGAGCGUGGACGUCCUUCUUUCAUUUUGACUGACGGCAGUCGAGGAGACUCAAGCGUCCGACGCGGGGAAGCCGCCACCCGCGAUUGAACGCGCCUUCGCCCGCGCACCUCUGUGCUCUGGCGCCUUCUCUCGUACUAGUAGGCGGUGCAGUGCGGGAACGACAGACACGGUGUCGGUCUGCCCAUCCGACCCGGAACAUGCAGUCAGAUCCUGGUGAGUGCCAUCUUUCGGCCGUAACGAUGUCGGAUGUGCCCUCCGUGAUUCCGCAUUGCCAUUUCACUAUUCGGAUCCUUUCCGCUGUCCAGCAGCUGUCAGUACUUCAGUGGUCACAUAGACACGGAAGGGCAUCUCAAAGGCGCGUUGCGCAAGUCACAUCCAAAGAUUGGCAGGCGAGGGGAUGGUCGUUGUGGGAGAAGCCGCCGGCACGGAGGAUGCAAUUCAAAUUGGAACAAUGCACCCAACUGGCGGUCACCCGCAGACUGGACAAGGCACGUCGUGCAGCCUGGAACCGGUCGAUUCUGGGACUCUUGACAGUGCGGGAGCUCCGCGCUCUCACCAUCGCAUCUGUGUCUGCAUUGUGCGGAAAUUGCUGUACGUGUUUUUAUCGCUCCGUAGCAAGGGAAGACGACUGGCCGGUGCAGUGUCGUUUGCCUCACGCCGAUCUUCACGCCGAAUGCCUCGCCGUUGCGCCUUCGCCGCCGGGGACGAGCUCAGCGCAUGGCAUGACGAAAGGCCCCAGUAAAGCCAAAAGGACUUUGCACCGCGGAAGAAGGACCAGCGUCCGAGCAGUGUGGGAGCCAUCGAAGACAGCGUUCCCUCGUCUGCCCGGACUCCCCGUCGCCCCGCCACCUUUUGCGGCGACGGAGGUCACGGAUGGGGCAGAAGAGUCGCGCGGGUGGUGUUGAAAUGAUAUUCCGUGGGACGGUACCGCGACUCAAAGUUAGAUCGUGAGCGCCACUGCGUUAUUCUUGACUGGGAGGCGUUCGUGGAGACACUACGCACGAUGAAGCGUCGGAGCUGCCCUCAUAUGUGUAGGCUUCGCGGGUGGG